AUGAAUUCAUUCAUCGAAACAAAUAAUAAUAAUAAUAAUUUAAAUUUAAAAUCUAUCAAUUCAGAAUCAAUAAAAUUACAAAAUAACGAUAAAGAGAAUAAAGAGAAACAGGAUAAUGAUAAUGAGAUAUUAAAAGAUGAUGACAUAAAUCAACAAAAAUUAAAUGAUGAAUCAAAUCAGGAUUUGAAUACAUCAGAAUUGAGUUUUCAAGAAGGUGAUAUAUUAACAAUAAAUUAUCAACAAUGUGUUGGGUGGUUAGUAGCUGAGCUUGAUG